GGCCACAUACAUUAUUUAAUAGUUCGCAAAAGAUAAGUGAACUUGCUCUUUAAAACUGAAAAACUCAUGACACAUGAAGGAGGUGUGGCCUGAACACAUAUACAUUGUAUUGUAUUGAAAUUCCGUCACACCACUUGAGCAUGUUUUCUUUCACUUUUAACUAAGGAGUGGCCCCGCUUAGUUUUUCCCGCAAAGAAUAUUUCCUUCUGAAAACACAAAUGGCCACUGUCACCGCAAACAUGCUGAAGAAAAUGCUCUCCCAGAAAUACAAGUACGUCGACUUGACUGUGGAGGCUAUCAAUAACGUGCGCUCCCAAUACUAUGACCUGAAACCUGUGAUGGAUACUUAUGUUUUCAAUGACGGUUCCUGCAGAACAAUGAUGAGUCUACAGGGAACCGUACCGGCGACCUACAGAGGAAGAGUGUACAACAUCCCACUGCGCCUCUGGAUUCUGGACACCUACCCCUACAACCCGCCCAUUUGCUUUGUGAAGCCCAACAGUACCAUGAUGAUAAAGACCGGGAAACACAUCGAUGCCAACGGCAAGAUCUACCUGCCCUACCUGCACGAGUGGAAGCACCCCAAAACGGACCUGUAUGGGCUCAUCCAGGUCCUCAUUGUGACAUUCGGGGAGGAGCCUCCAGUAUUUGCCCGCCCCACCGCAGAGAGCCUCUUACUGAGGACUGAAGACACCAGCGGUCAAGGUCCAGCCAGUACCAUUACCAUAGGUAACCAAGGCACUGUGGAACCAGAACAGAGCAAAAUUCAGCAAACUGAAUUUGACGAAAGUAAACAGUUCUGCACCCUCUCGACCCCGGAAACGAGCCCAGAGGUCGUAAUAUCCGCCCCAGAGAUGCUGACCCCUGCCCUGGCUUCUCUGUCCUUCUGUGGCUCGACGCUGCCUGACCCAGAGGAGUCUGUGCUGAUGAGACAGAAACUCCAGCUGGAGAUCGACGUUCUGCAGAGGCAGAAGAAGGUUUUGGCGAUACAAGAGGAGUACUACUCCAUUAAACUAAGGCGCCUGGUUGAGGACGAUGAAUAGUCGUGUAAUGGGCUGCAUGAGGAAUGACGGUCUGUUAGCAUUUGUACACAACAAACGGCAUUCAAACUGAUCAUCCCCCGAUUUAAUUGCCGAAACAAAUGUUCUCUCCCCCCUCCACCUCAGUUGGUUUGUGGUGAGAAUUAUGCCGCAAAAUGGCUGCCGUUGCGUCACCCAAGUGGGUGCCCGGCUUGGGUGGUGGUUGAGGCAAGUCUCCUCCUUAUCACUGUGAAGUGCAUUGAGUUGCUGGCAGCUGAGGAAAAUGCUAUAUAAAUGGAAGGAAUCAUGAUUAUUAUUACAACACAUGCUAAACCAUCCCAAUUCCUAACGACAGUUGCCUGUAAAUAAUUGCCCCAUCACUUUCUUGUCGAUUUAAUCUUUAAUCGUUCGAUCUGCAGUUCCUGGUACGCCGCUCUGGAUAACGUCUGCUAAAUGCUUUGUAAUGUAAUGUAAUAAAGUAAAUCCUUUUAUAUUAUAUAAAUAUGAAUCUUAAUCGUUUUGUUUUUUUACAUUUAUGUGUCUUUUUCCAACAAACGGUGUUGCAGAUCUGUAUAAAAUGUACUUUACAAAUAAAGUAUUGCUUGCUUCACAGAGCAUAAUAAAA